AUGUCGGGCCAGUUGGCGGGUUUUCUGCGAUUGCACAGUGGUGGCGGCAGCAGGGUAGAGACGGCCGAGCUACGUGAAGGCGGGAGAGGCUCCUGGGAGGCAUCUCCUCUCCUGGAAGCGGAUCUCAACAGCGGACGUGGCAGGGAAACGAGAUCAACUGGGGGCAUUCCCAGGAGUCACUAUAAAGCGGCGGCGUGGCGUGGCUUGCCUUCCACAAGGAGCAACAUCCGUGGAGAGAAGAUGGGUGGCUCUGGCUCCGGCCCAUUGCUGCUGCUGCUGCUCCUUCUGCGCGGCCUCUCUGCUGCCCGUACGACCACCAGCCUUGCCCUAGCAAGUGAGUCAUCCACCGCCUGGUACUUGCAGGUGGUUUCCAGCGUCAAUGGGUCCGUGGACGACCGUGGGAUCUGCCACUGCUCUGUGCUCGUGCCACAGGAUGCCUUCCCAGUCAAACGGGUGGAGGUUCUGGAGGUGCAGGCACGCUCGCUCACCCAGAGGUACGACAGAGAGCUCUCCAAGGUGACGAAGUACAUUAAAAUCAUUGAUGCCUCCGGGCAGAAGCUCCUUAAUCUGACGGAGCGGGUGGAGCACAUGCACAAGAGCCAAGUAUCCUACACAGAGCUGGACUUUGAGAUGGUGAAGGUGGAAAUCCAGGAGACGGAGAACCUGAUCAGCCAGCUCAAGGUUUCCAUGGGUGACAGCAACGUGGUCGUCCAGCAGCUCUACGUGGAGAUCAAGAACAUCAGCCUGAUGGUGACUCAUCUGGAAAGCCUGGACAAGAAUAACAUCCUGGCCAUUCGCCGGGAGAUUGUGAUUCUGAAGCAAAGGCUGAAGGAGUGUGAAAAUCCGGAAUCCGUUCAACCAGGUUCCUGUAACCAUGGUGGCCUUGUCAACAUCAGCAAGCCUUAUCCCAUCCAGUGGAACUGGAGAGGACCUAGCUACCUGUACGGAGUUUGGGGCAAAGACUACUCGCCUGACAACCCAGAAAAUGAAGUCUAUUGGGUGUCCGCUCUGGAUGAUAAGUGGCUCAUGCAGCAUAUUCAUCUUUACUCUUCCUAUGAUAAUUUAUUGUUGAAUAGAUCGUCUAAGACCUUUGCUUACAAAUAUGGGCAAGGAACUGGAGCAACUAUGUACAAGCAUUUCCUGUACUUUAAUUGCUAUAACACCAGUAACGUGUGCAAAUUUGAUUUAAAAUCCAAAUCGGUGGUUUUGAAGAAGGAGCUUCCAGGGGUGGCCUUCAACAUUGACCUCCUCGUGGAUGAGACCGGCUUGUGGGCCGUUUAUUCCACGGAGGCAAAUACCGGUAACGUAGUGAUUAGCAAGCUCAACGAGGACACCUUGGGAGUGCAGAAGACCUGGUCCACGCAGCACUACAAGCCCUCUGUGUCCAGCGCAUUCAUCAUCUGUGGGGUCCUUUACGUCACUCGCUCCAAUAACACAAAGCAAGAGGAGAUCUUCUAUACUUUUGACACCCGCACUGGGAAGGAGGGCCGGGUCAGCAUCCUGAUGGACAAACCGUUUGGUACGGUGCAGGGUCUCAACUACCACCCUGCAGACCACAAGCUCUAUGUCUACAACGAUGGCUUCUUGGUUACUUACCAAGUGGGCUUCCGACGGGCCGCCCCGUGA